UGUCAUCUUUAUUGCUUGGUUUCCCCCUCUGAGCGCCAUUGCGCUUUCAGUUAGUCUAUUGACAUGUGAAAAUAGCCUUGAAAUAUAUUGACUGGUUUCCAUGGAAUCCUCCUAAAUUAUGCUGCAUUCUCUUUUGCCAUAGCCCUCAAAUUAUGCACUGCAUAUACUGGUCAGACCUCUUUUGCCAUUAAUGUUAUGUUCAGCUAUCAGCUUAGUAUUCCAACAAGAACUGGUGCGUUCCGUGUCUAGUGAGGAGGUGUUCAGGAAUAGCCAAACAGACCUAAUUUCAAUCCAUCAUGCCACCAACCGUGCAGAGUGGCAAGCCGCAACCAAAACACCCUCACACUGUUGAGAGGAGGUCAGAAUUGGUCUGUGGUGUGAAAUAUUGCAAUACACUACCAGACAUUCCAUUUGAUCCCAAGUUUAUCAACUACCCUUUUGAGGGCAACAGGUACGUGGCUUACAACCCGACGUCGCUGGAGCGCAACUACAAGCAUGAGCUGCUGACGGAGCACGACCUGGGCGUGACGAUCGACCUGAUCGAUCCGGAUCGGUACGCGGCAGAUCCAGGCGGCGAGCUCGAUCCGGCCGACGAGCGGCUGCUCGAGGAGGACUCGCUAGCGCCGCAGGACUUCAAACGGUCGCGCCACCAUGCCAAGAACGUGUCCUGGCUGCGCCGGACCGAGUACAUCUCGACAGAGCUCACCCGGUUCCAGCCGACAACCAUGGACAAGAUUGAGUCCAAGGUCGGCUUCAGCAUCAAGAAGCAAAUGGCGGACAACAUGUACAUGGACCGGGACUCUCAGAUUGCUGCCAUCGAGAAGACGUUUGAGGACGUGAAGAAGCCAGUGCUGAAGCACUAUAGCAAACCCGGGGUCACCGCCGUCGCCGAGAUGCCCGUCUUCCCCGACUUCGACCUUUGGAAGUUCCCAUGCGCCCAGGUCAUCUUCGACUCUGACCCGGCGCCGCAGGACAUCCCGGCCGCCGAGCAGGUCGAGGUCAUGUCGCAGGCUAUGAUCAGGGGUGUGAUGGACGAAUUUGAGGAGCAGUUUGUCGCAUACUUCCUUCCGACUGAAGAGACACUGGUCAAAAGGAAAGAAGAUGUUGAAGCUGGUGACGAAUACAGGGAUGACAUGGAGUACGACUACGUCAUGCAUCGCGAGUACAACUGGAACGUGAAGAACAAGGCCUCCAAGGGGUACGAGGAAAACUACUUCUUCAUCACCCGGAAUGACAAGGUCUUCUACAACGAGUUGGAAACCAG